AUUGCACUUUUAGCGUGGCAGGCACUAUUUCUAGUUGCAAGUGCAGGGAACUAGUUACAAAGUGUUGGCGCAGUCUACAUAGCUUUUUCUGACGCCUACAAGUUAUGUACGCCUCAUAGUUGACAUUGAUACAUUUAUACGAUCUCUGCGUAUAACACCUAGGUUCGCUGAACGGGAAGAAUGUCAAAGCUGCUCCGGGUGUUAAACCCAGCUAUUACUCAGUAUAGAGAUCGUCGCUUUGAAGGCAGCGAGGCGGACUGGGAGAAUGCGCUGGCCACCAGCACCACCGUCUACGUGGGCAACCUGGCGUUCACCACGCGCGAGGAGCAGCUGUACGACGUGUUCGGGCGCGUGGGGCACAUCAAGCGCAUUGUCAUGGGGCUGGACAAGAUGCAGAAGACACCCUGCGGGUUCGCCUUUGCCAUCUACUACACAAGAAAGGACGCCGAGGAGGCGGUUGCCUUCCUGAACGGCACGCUGGUGGACGAGCGGAACAUCCGUGUGGACCUGGACUGGGGCUUCGUGGAGGGCCGGCAGUACGGCAGGGGCCGCUCGGGAGGCCAGGUGCGUGACGAGUUCCGGCAGGACUACGACCCAGGUCGCGGCGGGUACGGCAAGCUGAUGCAGGCGGAGAUGAUGGAGCAGAUGGGACUGGGCAUGGACGCAGCAGCAGGCGCUGGCGGGGGCGGCGGAGGCAGGGGAGACGGGCGCGGGGACUUCAAGCGGC